AUGACCACAAUGUUCGCACGCAUCAUAGUUACCUGUACAGUAGCUACGAUGCUUAUAUGUGUGUAUAUUGUCGCUGAGUGUAAAGUCAUCAAGUACAACAAUGAAGUAGCGAUACAGUAUCUGCAGAAAUACGGAUUUUUGAACGAGACGAUGGAUACGUUUGCAACCAGUGAAGAUCAGCUGGUUCUUCGGCACGCUAUCAAUCUCUUUCAAGAAUACUACAGAUUACCUGUCACUGGUAAAGUGGACAACGCAACUCUAAGCCUGAUGAGUAAACCGCAAUGCGGUCUACGUGACAUAUUGACUUUCGGAGAGGGCAAAGUUAUACAUAAGUGGCCGAAACGACACUUAACGUGGAAUUUUCACUUGGCCAACAGAGCGCUCUUGGAUACAACUCAGACGGCGUUCGAUUUGUGGCAGACACAUUCGUCGCUAACGUUUGAACGUGCUGUUGAAAACCCAAAUAUUCUGAUAUCGUUGCGCAAAGGCCAUCAUAUGUUCCUCGAUCGUCGAAACAGUGAAUUGUGCUCGAGCGUUUUCGACGGUCCCGGCGGCACGUUGGCUCACGCGUUCUAUCCCAAUGGAGCGUCGGAUUUCACGUCGGAGGUUCACGUCGACAAGACGGAACAGUGGCAUAUACAGG